GAGCAACGUUCACGCCCAAAUCACUGACGGACAUAGGUAGACACGAUAACUUUAUAUUUUGGCAGCUCGUUUAGAUAAUAUAGCGAGUGAUAAACGACUACAAGGUAUCGAUUAUCAGUUCCGUGUUAUCGGCAGCGUUGGGCGCGCUGCUUUACUAUUACACACAACAUAGUACACAGAGAUGAGUGCCGUAAAGUCUUAUUUUGUACAAGAAUGGAAGGUGAGCAUGCUCACGUUGGAGCAUCCGAAACCGUCUGACUUUUACACAAGUUGUUGGCAAACGACGCGGUCGUCUGUACCAUUUUUAAUUUGGCGCGCGAUCCUCUUCCUCACCUCUCUAGGAAUAGUGUUAACCUCUAUGAUAAUAUACAUACAGAACGGAAGUUUUGGAUACUGGUUUAUUUAUCUCACUCACUGGGGAUUAACGAGCAUCCUCUUCGCUACCGGACUUGCGACUGCUGUGUCACUACGCUGUUACCUUUACGGACCAAUCAGCACCGAUCUCAGUUUGCCAUGGUACGUGAAGAUUUAUUGGAUAUUGUUCAAUAUCGCUACUCCUCUAGCAUUUUUAAUCACAAUAUUCUACUGGACUGUACUUUACGAAGCGGGUAUCGAGGAGGAGUUGAACCAUGGUCUAGACGUGGCAGUGCACGGCCUGAACUCGCUGGUGAUGUUCCUGCUCCUGUGCAGCAGCGCCCACCCUGGCCGGCUGCUGCACAUCUACCAGCCUCUCGUCUUCGCUACUACAUACAUGCUGUUCAGCGUCAUCUACCAUGCCGCUGGUGGUACCGACCAGAAAGGUAACGCCUACAUCUACCCAGUGGUGAACUGGUCGGAGCCAGGAACAACGGUGUUGGUGGUGUUCAUCACAGGUUUACUGCUGGUAGUGCUGCACCUGCUAACGCUGGGUCUGUCAGCCCUGCGGGAUCUGGUGGCUGCUCGGUUAAUAAAGCCUGAAGCCCCUGCCAACCCUAGCGAAGGAAUGCCUCUACGACAACCAGUCUACGCGUGAAGAAUGAACAAUGCAUUGACGUAAAACUUUUCCACGUAAAUUGCCUUAAAAAGGUGAUCCUAGAUGAGUGGUUGAUUUUGCCACCAAAAGCGUAAAAAAUGUCUGUCAUAUGAGAAAAACUGUUGUAAGAUAAGUAAGAACAAAAUCAUAAAUUGGUCUUCAAAGACGUUAAAGUAGGUACUUAAUUGCUAUUAAUUUAGUUCAGUAGGGUGUCGACUUAUUUAUUUAUUUGUACAACUAUAAUGCAAUACUUCUGUGAAGUCUUGCUUAUAAUACUUACUGCCGCAGUCAGAGACAUUUAAUGAUUACUUAAACUAUUCCCUAGUAACGAUUUUGUAUCGAAAACAAUUGCUAAGGACUGGGUUAAGUAACCAUUAAAUGAUUCUGAGUGUGGCAGUUAUUCAAGAAGGAAUCAUUCGGUGCUAAUUUUAUGCGUAGUCAUUAGUGGUUACAUUUAGUUGCAUUGUGUUGAAUGUCACUUUCAUGACCUUAAAGAGUCUAUAAUGUGAAGAUAAUUAAUUGUUGUUGCAACCUUAGUCUAAUAAACCAGUUUUGAGUAUAACGUAGCUACCUAAUAUUUUGCGUGAUCGGUAUUCUCUCGAUCACUAUUGCUACAGCUUUAGUUUCAUAUAUUAUUACAAACUUUUGAUAAUUAAAAAUAUUGAUAUUUAA